UGACCUACCCCUCUGGCUCCCACACACAAUCCCGCAGAAACAAUCCAGCCCCCCAAACCCCACCGCCCCGCGGCGGCGGCGUCGCGAUGGAGCCCUCCUCGGCCGGCGCCGGCGGCAACUCGCUGCCGUCGGUCGGCCCCGACGGGCAGAAGCGGCGCGUGUGCUACUUCUACGACCCGGAGGUGGGCAACUACUACUACGGGCAGGGCCACCCGAUGAAGCCGCACCGCAUCCGCAUGACCCACUCGCUGCUGGCGCAGUACGGCCUCCUCGACCAGAUGCAGGUGCUGCGCCCCAACCCCGCCCGCGACCGCGACCUCUGCCGCUUCCACGCCGACGACUACAUCUCCUUCCUCCGCUCCGUCACGCCCGAGACGCAGCAGGACCAGAUCCGGGCCCUCAAGCGCUUCAACGUCGGCGAGGACUGCCCCGUCUUCGACGGCCUCUACAGCUUCUGCCAGACCUACGCGGGGGCCUCCGUCGGCGGUGCCGUCAAGCUCAACCACGGUCUCGACAUCGCCAUCAACUGGUCAGGGGGCCUGCACCAUGCUAAGAAGUGCGAGGCCUCAGGCUUCUGCUACGUCAACGACAUCGUACUCGCCAUCCUCGAGCUCCUCAAGCAUCACCAGCGAGUUCUAUAUGUUGAUAUUGAUAUCCACCAUGGUGACGGAGUUGAGGAGGCAUUCUAUACAACAGACAGGGUUAUGACGGUCUCAUUCCACAAGUUUGGGGAUUAUUUCCCAGGCACAGGGGAUGUCCGUGAUAUUGGGCAUUCAAAAGGAAAGUAUUACUCCCUUAAUGUCCCUUUGGAUGAUGGGAUUGAUGAUGAAAGCUACCAGUCCCUGUUUAAGCCUAUAAUGGCCAAAGUUAUGGAGGUUUUCCAGCCUGGUGCAGUUGUUCUUCAAUGCGGCGCCGAUUCGUUAUCUGGGGAUAGGUUGGGUUGCUUCAAUCUUUCGAUCAGAGGUCAUGCAGAAUGCGUGAAGUACAUGAGGUCUUUCAAUGUUCCAUUGUUGCUUCUUGGCGGUGGUGGCUAUACCAUAAGAAAUGUCGCACGUUGUUGGUGUUAUGAGACUGGAGUUGCACUUGGCCAAGAGCUCGAGGAUAAGAUGCCUGUCAAUGAGUACUAUGAAUACUUUGGUCCAGAUUACACUCUUCAUGUAGCACCAAGUAACAUGGAGAACAAAAAUACACACUACGAACUGGAUAAUAUAAGAAGCAAACUUCUUGACAAUCUUUCAAAACUCAGGCAUGCCCCUAGCGUCCAGUUUCAAGAGCGACCUCCUGAUACUGAGUUCCCUGAGCCGGAUGAAGAUGAAGAGGAUCAGGAUGAAAGGCAUGAUGGCCCUGAUUCUGACAUGGAAAUGGAUUAUCACACACCUUUGGAAGACUCAGCAAGGAGAAUCACUAUUCAAGGUGCAAGAGUUAAGAGAGAAUCAGCUGGAGCUGAAACAAAAGAUCAGGAUGGUAGCAGAGUAACAGGUGAACAUAGAGGACCAGAACCUAUGGCAGAAGACAUCGGUCCAUCUAAGCAAGCUCAUCUCGAUGCUAAUGCCAUGGCUGUCGAUGAGCCGGGAAAUGUCAAGAUUGAGUCAGGAAGCUCUAGUAAGUUGCCGGACCCACCAGCCAUCUACCAGAAGCCAUGAUUGUAAGCAUUCGGACCGUGCGUGUGUUUUGACAGUAAAAAGACGAAGUGAUGAGUGGUAGUCUCGAGUGUCUAACCCAUGUAUACAUGCAGCAUGGAUUAUUAAGCUGUAAUAUGUAUAGUCGAUUAAAUGAGCCGUGAGGCAGAAUUUUCUUGGCUA